GAUUAAACGCGUGGACAAACUUGACGCCAUAGUCAUUUGUUUAAACCUUCUCUGCUUUUUGUUUCUCUUGUCUGCAAAUUUCUCUGCAGCUAUGGAAACUAGAGACGCUAUGUGGUUGAUGCUUUAUGUUUUCUUCUUAAUCUUAUCACUCCUUUCCCAACCAUCUAUGGCAGUUGAUACCAUCUUUGUAAAUGAUUCCAUCUCUGGAGACAAAACCAUUGUUUCUUCUAAAGAGAUCUUCAAACUUGGUUUCUUCACUCCAGGUAAAUCUUCUUCUUCUUCUUCUUCUUCUUCCAAAUAUUAUAUAGGCAUUUGGUACAACAAAGUCUCUGAUCAAACGGUAGUUUGGGUUGCAAACAGAGAUACACCCAUUUCAAAUCCAUCCACUUCUGUCUUGAAAUUCCUAAAUGGUAAUUUAGUUCUCUUGAAUGAGUCAAGUUUCCCUGUUUGGUCCACUAAUAUAAGUUCUAAACCCUUUAAAUCUUUACAAGCUACCAUUCAAGAUGAUGGGAAUUUUGUACUAAAAGAUGGGUCUUCUAAUUCAUCAAAAGAUUCAGAACCCUUAUGGCAAAGUUUUGAUUUUCCAACUGAUACUUGGCUUCCUGGUAGUAAGCUUGGACGUAAUGAUAUUACUAAACAAACCCAACAUUUGACUUCAUGGAAGAACCCAGAAGAUCCUGGAUCUGGUAUUUUCUCUCUUGAACUUGAUCCUAAUGGAACCAGUGCUUAUUUCAUUAUGUGGAAUAGAACUGAACAGUAUUGGAGCAGUGGACCUUGGGUGGAUAAUAUGUUUAGUUUGGUUCCUGAGAUGAGGCUUAAUUAUAUAUAUAAUUUCAGCUUUGUAACAGCCAAUAAUGAAAGCUAUUUCACUUACUCAAUGUAUAACUCUUCUGUUAUAUCAAGGUUUGUGAUGGAUGUGUCAGGACAGGCUAAACAAUUCACUUGGUUGGAGAGUUCAAAGCAAUGGAAUUUGUUUUGGGGUCAACCAAGGCAACAAUGUGAAGUUUAUGCUCUUUGUGGAGCAUUUGGUAGUUGUACUGAAAAUUCUUCACCUAUAUGUAGUUGUGUGGAAGGGUUUGAGCCGAAGUCGAACCUUGAAUGGGAUUUGAAAGAAUAUUCUGCUGGGUGUAGACGAAAAACGAAAUUGAAAUGCGGGAAUUCGGUUUCGAAUGGCGAUGCAGAUAGAUUUUUAUUGAUGCGUUAUAUGAAGUUGCCUGAUCUUUCAGAGUCUGUGGCAGUUGGAAAUGGUGGAGAUUGUGAAUCAUUAUGCUUAGAGAAUUGUUCUUGUGUUGCUUACUCGUUUCAGAAUGGUCAAUGUGAAAUUUGGAGUGGAGAUCUCUUGGAUUUAAGGCAACUAUCACAAAGCGAUUCGGGUGCGAGACCGUUGUAUCUCAAGCUUGCAGCUUCUGAAUUCUCAAGUAGGAAGAAGAAUACAGGAACGAUUAUUGGUGUUGCUGUUGGCUCAGCUGUUGGUUUAGUAAUUGUGUUGGCUGUUUUAGUGUUUCUUGUUAUGAGAAGGAGGAGAAUUGUAGGAAAAGGAAAAACGGUGGAGGGUUCUUUAGUGGCUUUCGAGUAUAGAGAUUUGGUAAAUGCAACAAAGAAUUUCUCACAUAAACUUGGGGGAGGAGGUUUUGGUUCUGUCUUUAAAGGAUCUUUGGCCGAUUCGACAAUCGUGGCGGUGAAGAAACUCGAGAGUGUUAGCCAAGGAGAGAAGCAAUUCAGGACAGAAGUUAGCACAAUUGGGACUAUACAACAUGUUAACUUGAUUCGACUUCGUGGAUUUUGUUCUGAAGGUAGUAAGAAAUUGUUGGUAUAUGAUUACAUGCCAAAUGGUUCUUUAGAUUCUCAUAUUUUCCAUGUCAAGAAUCCUAAUAAUGUCUUGGAAUGGAAAACAAGAUAUCAAAUUGCCCUUGGGACUGCAAGAGGAUUGGCUUAUCUGCACGAGAAGUGUCGAGAGUGCAUCGUACAUUGUGACAUCAAGCCUGAAAACAUACUCUUGGAUGCUCAAUUUUGUCCUAAAGUAGCUGACUUUGGCUUGGCCAAGCUGUUUGGAAGAGAGUUCAGCAGAGUCCUAACAACUAUGAGAGGCACAAGAGGCUACCUCGCGCCGGAGUGGAUAUCAGGGGUGGCAAUAACAGCGAAAGCUGAUGUUUUUAGCUAUGGGAUGAUGCUUUUCGAGUUUGUAUCGGGAAGAAGAAAUUCAGAGCAAUCUGAAGAUGGAACAAUCAAAUUUUUCCCAAGUUUGGUUGCAAACACUAUAACUCAAGAAGGUGAUAUCCUUAACUUGUUAGACCCAAAACUACAAGGAAAUGUUGAUAUAGAAGAGCUGACAAAGGUGUGUAGAGUAGCCUGUUGGUGCAUCCAAGAUGAAGAAGUUCAAAGACCAUCAAUGAGUAAUAUUGUUCAAAUUCUUGAAGGUGUUUUGGAAGUAAACAAACCGCCGAUGCCAAGAUCUUUACUCGCGUUUAGUGACAGCCACGAGCAUCUAGUUUUCUUCACUGAAUCGUCGUCUUCGUCAUCUUCAAACCAAAAUUCCAAGACGAACUCAUCGACUCCAUCAUCUCAGACCAAAAGCAACACAUCUACAAGAAGCUCUUAGUCUUGAAACUUUGCUGGAUUCCAAGGCUUUGCUCUCUCUUUUCAUCUAAUUCAGUAUAUAUUCUGUCUCUCUGCUCUAAAAUAAAAGCAAUUUUUCAAGGAUUGUUUCCUUUUGUAACUUGUUGAUCUAUGAGGGAUCUUCAUUUGCAUUUUCACUGGAUGUCCAUAUAAUAUAUGUUCUAAAGUUUUACGUCAGAUUAAAAAAUGUUUCAUGUGUUA